AUGGACGUAGCCUACGAUCACGUGCAGGAAGAGACGUACUCGCCUUCGGAAGAACGUUCCAGCAACUCCACCACGCAACCAUCCUCCAGCGAUGCCAACAAUAGUAAUCAGAGCUUAAACGCCGACUUCCAGCAAGCCUUCCAAGCCGUCAGCACCUCACCUUGGGGUUCCCGCCUCGGCGGCUGGUUCACGCAAGCUCGAAAGCAAGGAGAGACAUUUGUGGCUGAUUUGCAAAGAGAGGCGCAGGAUGCGGGGCGGGAUGCGCAGCAAAGCUGGACGAGUCUGAGGGAGCAGGUGGUGCAGCGGACGCGGGGACUGAGUUUGGGGGCGGAGGAUGGGGUGGUGGGUGCUGUGCCGGGGGAGGAAGCUGUGCCAGGGGCGGAGAGCCAAGAAUUGGAGGGUGGUGAUCGGGAGCUAGGGGACGUGGAGAGGCCGGAGAGUCUGCCAGCGGAUAUCGUGAAAGAGGCCGGGACACUCGUGGCUUCUCUACGGAGUACGGCUGCUGCUAAACUCAAGGAUCUGCAGAAAGCUGAAGAUGCCGCGGAUGAGGCGCUGUUGAAAUUUGGCACAAACGUCCGCAACUUCCUCCGCGAUGCUGUGGUCAUCACUGCUCCCACCGACGCCGAUAGCAGUAAGCCCAAAGGCACAGAUGGCUCGGGCAACGAAGUGCUAUUUGAAACGUCCGAGCCCGGAACGGGAAAGAAGGUCUUCCAUACUUCGCGUCUAGACGCACAACUUCACGCCAUCCACACGACCGCAUCAUCCUUCACCGACGAUCCCACUGGUCCACAAUGGGAAUCCUGGCAGAAUGACUUCGACAUCGGCGCCAAGACAGAAGAUAUCGCGCGAGAUCUGGAGAAGUAUGAGGAAUUGCGACGGGCGAUGGAGAAGUUGGUGCCGGAGAAGGUGGAGUAUAGGCAGUUUUGGCUACGAUAUUACUUUUUGAGGAAGGCUAUUGAGGAGGAUGAGAAGAGGCGGAAGGAGAUAUUGAAGGGUGCCGCCUCAGGCCCAGCAACCGAAGACCUAGCCUGGGACGACGAAGACGAUGAUGACGACCGAGCGACCGCCGAGGACACAACAGCCUUAACACCUAAACGUGAAACCACAGCAGGUAUAUCGUCUCAACACCCCAACUCCUCAACAACUACUCUCAAUGCUCACGCUCCAUCAACACAAUCUACUCCUGUCGCCGGCGAUCUCCUCAAACCACAAGAGGCUAGACGAAGCACGGAAGACGAUAAGAGUGUGGCGGGUUCCGAUGCAAGUUAUGAUAUUGUUUCUGGUGCUACGAGUCGGGCUGCGGGGAGUCCGAGGGAGGAGAAGAAGAGGGACGGGGAGGAGGAAAGCGAGGAGGAUGAUUGGGAGUGA